AUGGCGGGCGUCCCGCCCAGCACGCGAACCUGCGUCCAUCCGGUGAUGCGCCUCACUCCCCUACCGCCACGCUACGCUGUCGCUGUUUACGCUCAGCGCCAACCACCCCACCCCCAACCAGCCACCAUCAACACACACCACCACCAGCAAGGCACCAUCAACACAGACACCACUCCCAACCAGCCACCAUCGAUGCAGACCCCACCCCCCCAACCAGCCACCAUCAAUGCAGACCCCACCCCCAACCAGCCACCACUCAAUGCAGACCCCAUCCCCAACCAGCCACCAUCAAUGCAGACACCACCCCCAACCAGCCACCCAUCAAUGCAGACCCCCAUCCCCAACACCAGCCACAUCAACGCAGACCCCAUCCCCCAACCAGCCACCAUCAACGCAGACCCCACCCCCAACCAGCCACCAUCAACACACACCACCACAGCAAGGCACCAUCAACACAGACACCACUCCCAACCAGCCACCAUCGAUGCAGACCCCACCCCCAAUCAGCCACCAUCAAUGCAGACCUCACCCCCAACCAGCCACCAUCAAUGCAGACCCCAUCCCCAACCAGCCACCAUCGACGCAGACCCCACCCCCAACCAGCCACCAUCAACACAGACACCACUCCCAACCAGCCACCAUCGAUGCAGACCCCACCCCCAACCAGCCACCAUCAACACACACUACCACCAGCAAGGCACCAUCAACACUGACCCCACCACCAGUUCGCCACCAUCAACACACACCACCACCAGUUCGCCACCAUCAACACAGACACUACCACCAACCAGCCACCUGACCUUUGACACCGUUUCCAAAACCAUCCAUUAG